GUAAGUAAACUAACCUUGGUUUGGGUACGAUGUGAUACACUCCAAACUACCCCCUUUUCCCGUACUAAAAAAAAAAUAUUUGUUCUGCGCCUACGCAACGAGCACAUUUAUCACUUCACCUUCCCCCUGCCCACUCCGGCGCCCGUCGCACCAAGCCACCGAAGCGCCGUCGUCGAAAAUGGCGGCCGUGUUGAACACUGUGGCAUCCAUCAGAUUAUGGGGAACAAAGCCCGACCGAUUCCAAACUCGCUCCAUCCUGUCGCCGAGUUCUGUUUCUCUCGCUCGGCGGGGAUUCGUGGUCAGAGCAGCAGAGACAGAAGCAGACGAAGUUAAAUCUCGCGCACCGGAUAAGGCGCCGGCGGCCGGCGGUUCGAGCUUCAACCAGCUUCUCGGCAUUAAAGGAGCAGCGCAAGAAACGAAUAAGUGGAAAAUUCGCGUUCAACUUACUAAGCCUGUUACUUGGCCCCCACUGGUUUGGGGAGUGGUUUGUGGAGCUGCUGCGUCUGGAAACUUCCACUGGAAUUUUGAGGAUAUUGCCAAAUCUAUUGCUUGCAUGAUGAUGUCUGGCCCAUGUCUCACUGGUUAUACACAGACACUGAAUGAUUGGUAUGACAGAGAAAUUGAUGCAAUUAAUGAACCUUAUCGGCCAAUACCUUCUGGGGCUAUAUCUGAGCAUGAGGUCAUCACACAAAUAUGGUUGCUACUUUUAGGGGGCCUUGGUUUGGCUGGUUUAUUAGACAUAUGGGCAAGGCAUGAUUUCCCAAUAGUUUUUUACCUUGCUCUGGGUGGGUCCUUAUUGUCAUACAUAUAUUCUGCCCCUCCUUUGAAGCUUAAACAAAAUGGAUGGAUUGGAAAUUUUGCCCUAGGAGCAAGCUAUAUCAGUUUGCCAUGGUGGGCUGGUCAAGCAUUGUUUGGGACCCUCACACCUGACAUAAUAGUUCUCACACUCUUGUACAGCUUAGCUGGGUUGGGUAUUGCCAUUGUGAAUGACUUCAAAAGUGUUGAAGGAGAUAGAGCUCUGGGACUUCAGUCAAUUCCUGUAGCUUUUGGUCCUGAGGCUGCAAAAUGGAUUUGUGUUGGUGCUAUUGACAUUACUCAGAUAUCUGUGGCAGGAUAUUUACUAGGGGCUGGUAAACCAUAUUAUGCCUUAGCCUUACUUGGUCUGAUUAUUCCACAGGUUGUUUUCCAGUUUCAGUACUUCCUCAAAGACCCAGUUAAAUAUGACGUCAAAUAUCAGGCCAGUGCCCAGCCAUUUCUUGUGCUUGGUCUCUUGGUGACUGCUUUGGCAACCAGCCAUUGAUCUUUGGUGAUCUCUUAAGAGUGCAGAAUGAAAUAAGCCCAGCGAUGCAAAAUGGCAAAGGUGAUGCACCAGUUUAGCUGAGCUGCCCCUGUCCCGAGCAUGCUGUUUGUAACAUUUAUGCCGAAAAUUCUCCCUCGUAAAAUUUUGUUUAUUUCCCAGGAGUAGGAUUCGAGCAGUUGUUGUAUGAUAAGAUGUUGUUGGGGUAGUUCCUUAUGUAUCUUCCGAGCAGCCUAUUUUAGUUGGUUUUAUUUUGCUUUU